GAUUUCCGCCCUCGCGCCAACCGUAUUCAGUCAGCGGUUACUCAUAUAAAUAACAAGAUGGCGGCCAUGAAGACGACUCCUGGUCUUGUAAACUUCUUUAUCUUUAACUCGACCUACGGACCAAGAGAAGGCGAGGAACACGAGAAGAUCAUUCUGUACAUACCGACAGAGGAGGAUAUUGAUCGGAAGAUCAAGACAAUUGGACUUUGUGAGGCACUGGUGAAAUUUACUGAAACCUUUGCACCCGACAAGCCAUGCGAGUCACUUCAUACACAGAAGUCAAGACAGAUCUUCUAUCAACCAGAACCAGAUUUCUGGAUGAUCAUGACUAUCAGUAUCCCAUUUAGUGAGAAGAUUGCCAAGGAUGGGAAGAACACAAUAGAAUACCAUUAUGAUGAUGUCCUGGAUAACGUCCUAGAUGCUGUUCUGAAACAAUCUUAUAAAAUGUUUAAACUUUUCAAUGGUCCAUUUAAUUAUCUAUCUGAGACCUAUGGCCGUGAGGCUCUGAAGAAGAGAUCAGAAUACUUCUUUCUUUCUUAUUUGCAGACUCUCAAUUUCUCAAGUUUUGACUUACUAGAUAUCUUUGCAGGUAUUCAAUUCCUCCCUUUGGAUAAGAAUACCUUCCUCAAAAUACAGUCAUUUGUGAACUUAAUAGAACAUACCUUCAGUCAAAUCAAGUACACCGCAUUUCUGUAUUCAGAUAAGUUGGUCUGGAGUGGGCUGGAGCAAGAAGACAUGAGAAUUCUUUACAAGUACCUGGUCACUAGCUUAUUUCCAGCCACUAUUGACAGUGAGUUGGCAGAUAGAUCCUCACAAGGCUAUGUGGUCAUCCAACCUAAAUCUCACCAUGGCAGGUUUGUUACUGGACCUCCGGACUUGAAGGACAUCCCAACACCAAGAAAACCUCCCCGGAUAUUCGUGAACACCGACACUGAACAAGAGGAGCUGCUUCUAAUUUGCUACAAGGCUUUGGACGCGACCAUUUGCCUGCUAGUUUCAGCGCCAUUCCCGACUCUGGACUUCUUCAAGAAGCUGGACAUGUUUAUUGGCCCGCAGCUCACCACACUUGCUAACGUCAUCUGUGAACAGUCCUCGAAAAAAUCGCUAAGUUCCGAUCAGCAGUAUCGCUACAUUUACUUCAACCACAUGAACCUGGCCCAGAAGUCGACGAUUCACUCCAAGAAGGCGUCCGUGGCGGGCGUGUCGCCCGAGAUUAUGAGACUCUUGGGUGACAUCAGCGCCGACUUCAACAGUUUCCAAGAAGACGGUGAGACGUACGUCAAGACGAUGUCCGACUGUUGGGUCGUCGGACGAAAGUCAGACCAAAGAGAAUUCUUCGUCAUACUUAACCAGAAGAGCGCCAACCUCAUAGAAAUAAACGGUUAGUUAGAAGAAGUGAAGAAACUAAGCUCAUGCCAUUUUAACAACAUCUUCUUCAUGGACUAGAUGGCUCAAGAUCGCACGUUAGAAUUCAAAGAUUGUACAUAGAGAUUAUAUUUGACUGAUAAAUUGUAAGUAGCGGUAUUGAAAACAAAUUACACACGAGGUCUGGCCACUA